GUGGCUCGCAAUAUUGGAAAAGCGGUUGGUCUCUUUGCGACUAAAAUUGAGGCACUGGCUAGCCAUGAUGUUUCUGCGAAUCAGCUGAUCGGACCCUCCAGCUCUGCCCAACUGAUCAACACAACUCUAAUUAAUCUGGUCUGCCGUUUCGGCUCUGAUCUCAUUUCCGUCACAAAUCGCCGGAUCCAGAACCUUCGGGGCUCUACUCAUCCCAUCUCCGGUGUUGGCUGCAGUUUGUAUAAACAAGUUAGUUUGACUGUCGAAUUGACCCUAUAUUCACUUGCUUGUCUUAAAUGCAAGCAUUUUUAA